AUGCUUCUGGGAGCAGAUCCAGUUUUGCAUCGCUCUGCUUAUCCUAAUUGGGAUUACGAUUCCGAGAUAUUUGCAUUUUCACAUCGCGUCGGAGCAACAGAUACUUUUCCCACAACUAUAAUUCAAGCUCUUACUGAACCUUCCUUUUAUACUCGAUCUGAUAUCAAGGAAGGAACUAUCGAGUCGCAGCCUAGUAAGCAGAGUGUCACAGAACAGGAAGGAGAUAACAGUGAACUGAUCAACAAAGGCAGUGAUAUCCUGUUCUAUGUGGUCCUUGGAUAUCUUCGUUCUUCUAUGCCCUCAGCACCGGAAGAGUUAAUUCAGGCAGUAUCAGAACGACUGAUGUCUGUGGAAAUUCUUGCGAAAACUGCUGAGAAUCUUGGCUUUAAACAUAUUGUGCGCACUUCAGAAUUUCCUCCAAGUGAAAUCUCGUUAUCCAAUUGUUUCAAAGCUCUUCUAGCAGUAAUGGAUAGAAAUCGGGCAGAAAUAUUGGUAAUCAAUACUGUUGUACCUCAUUUACUGGACAUUGACCUAAUUGAGGUCUACCCGUUGAGGGAUCCUUUAGCAGUUAUCACAGACAUUCUUCGUGGAAAUGGAGCAAAGGCAGUUGGUCCUCGUUUGAUGCACUCUGCUGGCGAGUACUCUGCUGAACCAAUUUUUUUGGUUGGAAUCUUUGCGGAUGGCAUUCUUGUUGGGAAAAGUGCCGGUGAAACACUUCCCGUUGCAGUCGAUAUGGCUGCUCGAUGUGCACUGUUAAAUCAUUGGAAAUUAACGUCAGAGUUUAAAUUCCCAUUUGGAUCUCAAGCUUUUGCUAUUCGUUUGGCAGAUUUUCAAUCUCCCAACUACCUUCUUAAGACGAAAUGCCAGUCACAACGUAACAGAAGUUGCGCAGCGUUAUUGGAAAGAAGUGCUUCCUGUGGUAAAUUUGAUUUUGACGUUUCUAAUUCGUUGGUGGUGAUUGGAGUUUUGGAGGUUGUUCAUGCGACAACUGAUAAAGUAUAUUUUCAGGUUGGCAGGCCUUUGAGGAAGAGACUAAGGCAUAAGUUUUCUCGUGGUAGUAUUAAUAGGCGGGAUUACAAAAGGAUGCUGAAGCCAAGACCCUUUACAGUCAGUUAA